UCACAUGAGCAGAGAUCUGUUUACAAACCCAAGGCAGAGCAGAGCGAGGAGAGGAAGGGAAAGGCAAAUUGUAGGCUCUCUCUGAGCACCAUUAUGGAUUGAAAGAAGAAGAGGGGAAGCCUGCCAUGACAAAGCCAGAUGGAGGUGUGAGAGGCUGAAUGCGACGCACUUAAACACGCUUUGCACACACACUCCGCCUUUGUCUCAGAUUUUUUUUUUUCUCAAUCGAAGCAGCAGAUGGUUAGAGGGAGAGUAGGAUCCCCCCACCCCCCUACGCACACACAUAUCUGCUGACUGACACACAAACACUCAAGCAAACCCAGCUAGAGGACUGCUGUUGACUGCAUGGAGCUCUCUUCACUUUGUUUGGGCUUAAAGGGAAGCACGUCUUUGCCUUUUAGACUGAAGAGGAAUAUCAACUGCAAGAUCAGAGGAGUGGAGGAGGUGGAGACAACAGAGGAGACGAGAGGGGGUGAGACUUGUGAAAAUCCUCUGUUAAAAAAGCAGCUUUAGGAGGAAUACAAAGCGCAGAUUAUUGUUGGAUAAUUACCUUCAUUGGGGGAUGACUAUCAUUGUGAACACUGGAUGUCAUUGAAACUGGUGAAGGGACGGCACUGCAGAAGCAAAGUGGAGUCAAAGAGGCCCUUUUCUGCUGGAAAUAAGCACACAAGGUCUCCAGUCCUGGUCCAGACCCCCUAUCCCAAAUCUCCCAAUAUUAACACAGAGGGGAGCCACCGUAGCCCAACAAAAUAGCCAUCCAGCUCAGGGUAACUGAACCCAGGCUACAAAACAGGUUCAGUGUCCGAGGCUUCAGCCCACCAGUUUGGCUUGUCUCCAGCCUUCUCCUGACUGGGCCCGAAUUCACUGCUGCUGAUUUGGGAGUCAAAUUUCAUGCAACCAUUCCAAUGGUGUAACGGAUGCCUUUGUGGUUUGGGUUCUCAACGGUCUGAACACUACUGCAGCAUGACGUCUGACAUCUAUCAACUUCCACUCAAUGUGUAUGUCAUUGUGCUGGGCAUCGGCCUUUUCGUCUUCAUGCUCAGCCUCAUCUUCUGCUGCUACCUUUUCAGGUUGAAACAGCAAGGAACGAGGGAGCAGUUCAGCUAUAAUGAGGUGGUGUUGAAGGGAGCAAGCAAGAAACUAAGCCUUCUUGGACAAACCUGCGCUGUUUGUCUGGAAGAAUUCAGGACCCGAGAUGAACUUGGAGUGUGUCCAUGUUCACAUGCAUUUCACAAGAAGUGCCUGCUUAAGUGGCUUGAGAUCCGCAGUGUGUGCCCCAUGUGUAACAAACCAAUCCUGCGGCUCCACAACGAUGCUCCCCAAGGUGCUGAGGGUCCCAUGGACCCAGAAGAGGUGUGAGAUAGCUGGGGAGGAUAAAAUUUGACUCCCCCCCUUUCAGAAAACACACAUUAAAUACACUAAAGAUGAUGAACAAUGAUCAUCUCAAAAGAAAUGUUGAUAAUGAUCCAAGUGGCAGCGUUGCCGACGACCUUUCAGCAAUAUGCCUUGAUGGGAAUCGAAUAUUGAUAGCGCCAACAUGGUCUAGUCGGACCUGAAAGUGAGAGACUGGAUGAGUAGGAUCUUCCCAUUAAAAUGUUCCCAGUUCUACUUCCAUGUUGCACUGCUCACCAGGAAAAAAAAACAAAACAAAAAGACUGGAAAAGCAGCCACAUUAGAGAGCUGAGUAUCAUCGUCACCAGAUGACUAGUGCAGCACUGCCAGAGACAAACAUCACCAGAGGCUUGGAGGGGGAGGACAUUAGAAAACAGGAUCGGAAUGGAUACCUCUAUUAUCUCAGGGGUGUUACCAAACAGCCAGCACAAACCAUUUCAAUAAUCUUAUAACCCAGUGCCACACAUGCAUCCUCAAUACUGCCAACAUAGGUGAAAUACUCGGGCAGCCGGUGGCAGCCAGAACUCCUGACUGAAACGACGACCAGCUGGAAUACAACCAUGAUUUAAGUAGACAAUAUUGUUACAGAUUGUGUCCCAGGCCCUUCUCCUUUUUAAAAAAAGAGACUAAUAGAAAACUAGUCUUGCCUGUAUGUAUUGUAUGUAAACGUCUCCCUAUACAUUAUUUUGUAUUUUAAAUAAAGUGUCAUGUAAUGUA